AUGGCUCUGAGGAGAUUUGGCCAAGGAGCUGACACUUUGCCAGUGGCCCUGGCCAUGACUGAAGGAAGGAAGGAAAACCUUGAAAACAAAUAUGCUCGGAUUUUGAACAAUCUGGUUUCUCAGAAUCUUUCAGCAGUUGAAGCCUUUUUAGCAGAACAGCCAGCCGACUACGAUGAUACUAUGACCCAGUUAGAUCAUUUACAACACCUUGUGGACGACACGUACCCUGUCACAGCUUCAAUCAAGCGGUUGGCAAAAGUACUCAAUGAUAAUUACCAUAGAGUUACUCUACAACGUCGCCAAGUUCCUCGGUACCGUCCUCCAUUGGCAGAUUAUAACUGGUUUCUGACGCAGCUGUAUCCCAAAGGCGGCCGGAUCCGCAUUUCGACUCUAUACGACAGUUACAACGCGUUGCCAUCGCCCAAACCAUUACAUAUUUUGCCACAGCAUUUAGAAGACUUCUUAUCGGCACUUAUGGGGCCUAGCGACGAGACUGAAGCUUCUCGAGCUAUUUUUGCUCGCGUUUUAGAUCAAGUUGAACAGGUAGGGAUGCCUAUAUCACAGCACGAACUGAAUGCAGCUCUCGGCAUGGCCAUUCGUGAAUAUUACCAAGACAUGACAUUUACCAGCAAGAUGAUGAAGCAAAGCACUGAAUCUCCAAAUUUUGUUGUUAAGUUAUCUGAAGGUUUAAAACAGCAACAACUUGUUGGCGAUAUUAAAAAUGAACAAACCGCAGAUGAUUCUUCUCAAAACAAAGUCAUUUCUCCAGCAUUGGAAAGUCUAUUAAGUCUUUACAAAAAAAUUGGAAUGCACAAAAAUAAUCAGGACAUUUCUACCAUCAACAUUCUUUACCGGUUUGCGCUCAAAACCAACGAUACAGAAUUGGCUGCGCAGGCAUCGCAGCCUUUGCGUAAUGGGAAUAUUGCACCAGACCGUAUUACUUUCCUUAUUGAAAUAGUAGAGGCUGGACGACGCAAGAGUGUGAAUGAAGUUAAGCAGUUGUAUCAAGAAAUGUGCGCGCGUAAUUAUGUUGUUGAUAUUGUUGUCAUGAAUGUUCUUUUAAAAGCGCUUACCAAUUGUAACGACCGUGAAAGUGCGGAGAGUGUAUAUUCUGCCAUAUUAUCCCAAGAACCAAAGAACCUACAAGUGAGCCGGUCAGCAUCCCAUCAGGUUGAAAAAGUGGAAUCUGUUGGGCCUGGCGUUUCGUCUGAAUCACACCAAAUGAAUCAGCUGCGCUUGAUUGAUUUUGUGCUGCAUCUCACAUCAGGAAAGAACUCGCAAGCACAGCGUUCCCAGGUUCAAAAUGCUAUGAGGUUUUACCCAGACAAGUACACGUUUGGAACCAUGUUUGGAUAUUAUUGUCUCGAGGCAGGCGACAUCCAGAGUGCGAUUAGAAUGUUACCUACAAUGCACGAGCAUGGUGAGUCGCUUACCGACCUGCACUACGUGAUGUUAUACCGUGGAUUUGCGCGGCAUGCUGCGGAGUCUAAACAGUGGUCAAAAAGCUUGUUGCACGAUGUGACACAGCAACUUUUGAUGCAGCACCAAGAGCAACAGCGGCUCAAGUCAGAGACAGGUAUCAGCUCGCCCAGUUUGCUUACACGCAAGUUAUGUGGCAAUAUGCUUAAGGCAUAUGAUGCUGUGUACUGGUCAAGCAAAAGUAAAGUUCGCAUUAUUCGAGAUGAAUACGAAAAGGGACUUCAGCCUGUAAAGAUUAGUAGCGGUGCUGACGAUGAAGAUUUAGCAUCGAUAGGAGGGUCCAGUCCAGUCCCUGUGCAAGAACUGGUUUAUCGAGCAGCAAAGCAGUUGCUGAAUUUAUCUUUAAAAUAG